UCAUUUACACCAGAAGAUGGCAGCAAUGUGACCAGAAUGAUGGAAGCAGACUUUAUGCACUUGGUUGGGCCAAAGCAUACAGUGCUCCACCUACUGUAAACAUUAAAUUAGACUUUGCCCUCACUUGAUUAUGAGCUCUACAAUAACACACUGGUGUUUUGUUCGUGGUGAAGUUGGAAAAACAGUCUCAGGUCAAAUGACUCAGCUGAUAUACAGCAAAGAAUUAACUUCCUCUCUUUGUUAAUGUUUCCUCCUCUGAUGAACGCAGCACUUCUUGGUGAUACCAACACCAGGUGUACUGUCUACCAUGAGUCAGUCUGAGGAGGAAGACGAUGAAGUUCUGCCCACCAGCAGCAAACUGUCUGAGGAAGAUGAGAGCCAGAUUGAACCUGAGAGGACUGAUCAGGAAAGAGCAGAUUCUCCUGCUCCAACCUUUGUGUCCAUGAAGAGUGACCAGUCCAUGGAUUACCCUAUGGCUUUCAAAGGGCAAGAUUCAAUUUCUAGGACUGAUCCAGAAAGAGCAGAUUUGCCUGCUCCAACCUGUGUGUCCAUGAAGAGUGACCAGUCCAUGGAUUAUCCUAUGGCUUUUAAACGUCAAGAUUCAAUUUCUGAGAUUGUUCAACAGAAGACGUCGGAGAUUGGCCUUCAAACAGAGCUGGACUCCAUUUUUAUGCUUCUUGAGAAGAACGUUGUUACUUUUGUGAAGAAAGAGCUUAAGAAGUACCAGAAGGUUCUGAGUCCAGAUUACUCAGAAUGCUUAGAGAGUGAAGAUGAGGAUGAGGAGGUGGUUGAUGGUAAAGAAGAAGAGCACAGAAGAAGCUGCAAAGAGGCAUUUCUGAAGAUCACACAGCACUUCCUGAGGAGAAUGAAGCAGGAGGAACUGGCUGACUCCCUGCAGAACAAAGCUAUGGCUGCAGUGUGUCAACGUAAACUCAAAUCUAAACUGAAGAAGAAGUUUCAACAUGUGUUUGAGGGGAUUGCUAAAGCAGGUUACCCAAGUCUUCUGAAUCAGUUCUACACAGAGCUCUACAUUACAAAUGAAAGGAAUGCAGAGGUCAAGGAUGAACAUGAGUUCAGGAAGAUUGAAACAGCGUCCAGGACACAAGACAGACCAGAAACAACAAUCAGAUGUGAAGACAUCUUUAAGGCCUCACCUGGAAGAGAUGAACCAGUCAGAACCGUGAUGACAAAGGGAGUAGCCGGCAUUGGGAAAACAGUCUUAACACAGAAGUUCACUCUGGACUGGGCUGAAGACAAAGCACACAAGAACAUCCAGUUCACAUUUCCAUUCACCUUCAGAGAGCUGAAUGUGCUGAAAGAGAAGAAGUUCAGCUUGGUGGAACUUGUUCAUCACUUCUUUACUGAAACCAAAGAAGCAGGAAUCUGCAGGCUUGAAGAGGUCCACGUUGUGUUCAUCUUUGACGGUCUGGAUGAGUGUCGACUUCCUCUGGACUUCCACAACACUGAGAUCCUGACUGAUGUCACAGAGUCCACCUCAGUGGAUGUGCUGCUGACAAACCUCAUCAGGGGGAAACUGCUUCCAUCUGCUCACCUCUGGAUAACCACACGACCUGCAGCAGCCAAUCAGAUCCCUGCUGAGUGUGUUGACAUGGUGACAGAGGUAAGAGGGUUCACUGACUCACAGAAGGAGGAGUACUUCAGGAAGAGAUUCAAAGAUAUAGAGCAGGCCGGCAGAGUCAUCUUACACAUUAAGGCGUCACGAAGCCUCCACAUCAUGUGCCACAUCCCAGUCUUCUGCUGGAUCACUGCUUCAGUUCUGGAGGCUGAGUUGAAAACGAGAGAGGGAAGAGAGCUGCCCAAGACCCUGACUGAGCUGUACAUCCACUUCCUGGUGGUUCAAUUCAAACUGAAGAACAUCAAAUAUGAUGGAGGAGCUGAUACUGAUCCACACUGGAGUCCAGUGAGCAGGAAGAUGAUUGUGGCACUGGGAAAACUGGCUUUUGAUCAACUCAAGAAAGGAAACCUGAUCUUUUAUGACUCAGACCUGACAGAGUGUGGCAUCGAUAUCAGAGCUGCUUCCGUGUACUCGGGAGUGUUCACACAGAUCUUCAAAGAGGAGAGAAGUCUGUACCAGGACAGGGUGUUCUGCUUCAUCCAUCUGAGUGUUCAGGAGUUUAUGGCUGCUCUUUAUGUCCAUCAUAUUUUCUUUACCUUUGGUAUCAACCUGCUGUCAGAAACUACUUCCCUGUGGUCUAAAUGGUUCAGAACCAGACCUGAAGUCCUCUACCAGAGUGCUGUGGACAAGGCCUUACAGAGUCCAAAUGGACACCUGGAUUUGUUCCUUCGCUUCCUCCUGGGUCUUUCACUGCAAACCAAUCAGUGUCUCUUACAAGGCUUGGUGAAACAGACAGGAAGCAGCUCACUGACGAAUACAGUCAAGUACAUCAAGGAGAAGAUCAGUGAGAAUCUUUCUGUAGAAAGAAACAUCAGUCUGUUUCACUGUCUGAAUGAACUGAAGGACCAUUGUCUGACAGCUGCAAUACAACAAUGCUUGUGUUCGAAACAUCUGGCCAUAUGUGAGCUCUCUCCUAUUCAGUGGUCAGCUCUGGUCUUCAUGUUGCUGUCUUCAGAAAAAGAUCUGGAUGUGUUUGACCUGAAGAAAUACUGUGCUUCAGAGAUGGCACUUCAGAGGCUCCUGCCUGUAGUCAAAGCCUCCACUACAGCUCAGCUGAGUUGCUCUAACCUGUCAGAAGGAAGCUGUGAUGCUCUUUCCUUGGUUCUGAGCUCCCAGUCAUCCAGUCUGAAAGUGCUGGACCUGAGCAACAAUGAUCUGCAGGAUUCAGGAGUGGAGCGGCUCUGUGCAGGGCUGAAGAGUCCUCAUUGUAUACUGGAGGUUCUCAGGCUGUCAGGCUGCUUGAUCACAAAGAAAGGCUGUGCUUCUCUGGCCUCUGCGCUGGAAUCCAAUCCCACCCACCUGAGAGAGCUGGACCUGAGCUACAAUCAGCCAGGAGGCUCAGGAAUGAGGCUACUUUCUGCUGGACUUGAGGAUCCAACCUGGAGACUGAAAACUCUCAGGUUGGAACAUGGUGGAUCACAGUCAAUGAAACCCGGUCUGAGCAAGUACGCCUGUGCGCCCACACUGGACCCAAAAACGGCAAACAAAAAGCUCAUUCUGUCUGACAACAACAGGAUUGUGACAGUGAGGAAAGAGACACAGCCAUAUCCUGAUGAUCCAGAGAGAUUUGACUACUGGAAACAGCUGCUGUGUACUAGUGGUCUUACCGGUCGCUGUUACUGGGAGGUUGAGUGGGAAGGGCAUGUUUACAUAGCAGUGGCUUACAAAGGAAUCAAAAGGAGAGGGGAAAGUGAGGACUGUUGUCUUGGAAUGAAUGAUCAGUCCUGGAGUCUGAGCUGCUCUGAUGAGGGUUAUUCUGGCCUGCACAAUAACAAAAGUGUGUCCAUCCAGAUCGCACCCCUAAACAGAGUGGGAGUGUACCUGGACUGGCCUGCAGGAACUCUGUCCUUCUUCAGAGUGUCGGGUGAAGGGCUGACCCACCUCCACACCUUCCACACCACAUUCACUCAACCGGUCUACCCUGCAUUCAGGGUUAAGAUGGACACGUUGAACUCAUCAGUGUCCUUGUGUUAGACAGUAAAAUGUUCCCCUUGUGUCUUUCUAAGUGGUUUUAAGUAAGUUUUGUUGUGUUCUUAAAAUCUUUGUACAGCAGUUGAAAAGAGGUGGUACAAAACUUGUCAAUGGUGACAAAGACUAACAAGGUGACUGAUAAUUGGCUAACAGCUAACACCUGCGACAAAUAUGUACUGCAUUAUAAAAAUGCAUUUUGAUAUAUUUUGAAAACUGCUGUGAAUGACAUGCUUCUAAUACUUUGUUUGUUGAUGUUCUCAUGAAAGCAUUUAAAGCAGUGGAUGCUUUGCAGCAGUGAAUGCAGAUUUUAGAAGCUCUAGAUUUCGUAGAGCAUUUGCUCAAGUCGGGCACAGGAUCCUCUUAUUGUCACAUAUCUGAAUGCAUGACAACAGACUCCCAAUGUGUAUGUUGUGAUCGAACCACGGGUGAAUCUUGGUUUAAUUUGUGGACUUUAACCUUUGUGGACUAAAAUGCAAAAGCAUUCUGAGUCAACUCACAAAAUGGCAUUUCACGUCCAUUUAAGCUCUCUGGAUAAGGAACAACCAGAGAUCCCCCCCUUCAUUUUGAAUUCUCUCCUAGAAUGCUUGGCGUUUACCACAACUACAAGCCAACCUCAUUGGUCAAGGGACCUUUGAAACCGCAGGGGGUCCACUGGUCUACGAUAAGGAGCCAAUACUCCUUAUCUUCAUUGUCUUUUCUCCACUGCCUGCUGGAGCAGAAACACCUCAAUCUCCUUCAGGAGGGGACCCAGAGGCCUGGAUUCACCAGCCCCCCUUCCUCCCUCACUCCCUUCUGAGAUCCUCUGCAUCUCAGGGUGAGGCCUUCUGAAGAUCUCCUUUUCUACAAGGAUUUCUGAAACAACUGCAAUCCUUACAUAUCUGAUGUCCUUAUGGGAUGGAUAGCAUUUAUGAUAACGCCCUUUUAUUUAAGUAUUUGACGCCCUGUGCAAGGUCAUCAUUUAUUCCUAAAAGAGGCAUCCUUUAAUUGCCAACAUGUAGGACAAAAACAUUCUUUUAUAGUCAAGGUGGGGGAACAUCAUCGAUCAGCCACAGCAUUAAAAUCAUCUGUAGAUAUUGUUAAGGUCCCUCUGUUACCACCAAAUCAGCUUUGGGUCGUCAAGGCAUCGAUUCCACAAGACCUCUGAAGGUAUGCUGUAGUAUCUGGCACCAAGAUUUGAGCAGCAGAUCCUUUAAGUCCUUUAUGUUGUGAGUUGGAUUUGCAGAAUUUGAAGUUUAGUUUCAUCAGACCAACCCACCUUUGCGUCAUGGUCCCGUUCUGGUGCCCAUUGUUGGCGCUUCUUUGGCAGUGGACAGGGAUCAGCACUAGCACUCUGGUGGGAUUGCGGCUGUGCAGCUCCAUAUGCAGCAAACUGCAAUGUGCUGUGUGUUCUUGCACAUUUCUAUCAUAGCCAGCAAUAACUUUUUCAGCAGUUUUUGCUACGGUUACUCGCCUUUCACGCAUCAAUGAACCUUGGGGCGGCAACGAACCGUUGCCAGUUCACUGGUUGUCCUUCCUUGAACAACUUUUAUGAGGUACUAAUUUCAUGCCACUCCACAAGACCCGCCACUUUGGAGAUGCUCUGACCCAAUAUUACUCUUCUAAAAGUCACUCAGAUCCUUGCACUUGCUCCUUUUUCCUGCUUCCAAAACAUCAAUUGCAAGAACUAACUGUUUGCUUGCUGACUUUUAACUCUCACCCCUUGACGGGUGCCACUGUAACAAGAUGAUGUUAUCCACUUCACCUGUCAGGGUUUUAUGUUGUGGCUGAUCAGUGAUUACUUGUCAUACUUUUUUGCCUUUGAUGCAUUGAUCUAAGAAAAGCUUUUUGCAGCAGUGGAUGUGCAUUAAGAAGCUCUAGACUUUAUAGAACGCCUCAUGUCAGGCUCCCAGGUUAAGGAGGAAAACAGGUUCUCUUUUACAUCCAGGGUUAGUGAAUAUAUGUCAUUUUAUAUCAUUAAACUGACAGUUAUAUAUAGCAAAAGCACUUCAGAAAAAUCUGUAUGGCCUCAUGGUAUCAUUGUAUCUGCAAUCCUGGGACGUAGUCUCCCAUAAUCCACUGGGCACCUGUUGGUGGUCUAACAGUCAAGAAAUAUCACUGUAUCAUUAGUUAAUUGCUCUAUUUUCAGGUAGUCAUUGAUUCACGGUCAUUUUCUUUUAACCUUGACUGUAGGUGUUAUAAACGCUACGUAUUGUAAGCGAUAAAGCAGAUAGAGCUUAGGUUGUAUUGAUGAUACACAACCUACAGUUAACCUGGUGAAGUUACACUGAAUUACUGUCUGAAUCUGAAUAUUGUAUUCUGUUUGAUUGUGGCUCAAUUAAUGCUUGUAAUCAAUAUGCCAUCACAUACACAUGUAAUUACAUAAUUUUUUGCCCGAGACAAAUAAAGACAAAUGUGCGGAAAAAG